AUGGCGAAGGAGUGGCAAAAGCUUGCUGUUGAGACCGUUGUGAAUUGCCUCUGCCUCACUACAUGUGGUCACCUGGUGAGCGGGAGCGAUGACUUCCGCUUCACGGGACUCGCUGUGCCUGCUGGCGCCGGGCCACCGGGCGCAGCUGCAGACGAGAGUGGCCGACUUCAUGUCUGGUCCGUGGGGAGCGGCGAGCCGGUCGACUAUGACAGAAAUGCCCAUAGUACAAGGAUCAAAUCCGAGGUGUGGGAGCAGCGCGAAACUGUGAAGUCUCAGGCUCCAGAAGUCCAGAAGAAGCGAAUUGUUUCAGAAGUUUCCCACAGAUUUUGUUGUUUUCUGCCAGGGCUUCUUGUGGCCCUGUAG